AUGAAACCUGAGUUCUACAUCGUGGCCUUUCCCAACUAUGAAUAUUUAUGGUACAUCCUGUUUAUUGGAGUGUUGCUGUUGUUUUUAAUGGCAAUAGUUGGAAACUUGCUAAUCACUGUUCUGAUAUGGCUCGUCCCUCAUCUCCACACUCCCAUGUACUUUUUCCUUUGUAAUCUAUCAGUUCAGGAUAUUGUUCAUGUGUCUGCCAUAUUACCAAAGCUAAUGUCCAUUAUAUUGACAGGAAGCCAUUAUAUUUCUUUUGCAGGUUGCUUAACACAAAUAUUUAUGUUUGUCUUUUGCUUAAAUACAAACUUCUUGCUUCUCACAUCCAUGGCUUAUGAUCGUUAUGUGGCCAUAUGCAUUCCUCUUCAAUAUUUUGUUAUUAUGAAAUUUAAAAAAUGCUCCUUGUUGGCUUCAGCUUGUUGGGUUGUUAGUGGUCUGAAUGCAACUAUGCACUCUUGUUUGAUGUCACAGUUACCAUUCUGCCUUAUUACAUCCAUCAACCAUUUCUUUUGUGAUGUAAGGGCUAUGCUUAAGUUGUCCUCAGGUGAUACAACACAUAUAAAAGCAUUAAUAUUUGCUGAAGGUGUGCUUUUCUGUUUUAUCCCCUUUGUACUCAUAUUAAUUUCCUACAUACAUAUCAUAUCUACCAUCCGUAAGAUCCGCUCAACAGCGGGAAGAUUGAAGACCUUCUCCAGCUGUUCCUCGCAUAUUAUUACUGUAAUCCUUUUCUGUGGAGCAUCUCUUGGCCAAUACAUGAAACCAGAGUCUGAGAAGUCUGAGGAACAGGACAAGUUGUUGUCUUUGCUCUAUAUUGCUGUAGUCCCCAUGCUAAACCCUUUAGUUUACAGUUUGAGAAACAAAGAUGUCUUACAAGCCAUUCAAAAAUUGUUUAUCUACCCUAAAUUAUUUUAA